UCCCAAGAUGGCGGCCGACGUGUCCGUUACUCACCGGCCCCCACUGAGCCCGGAGGCUGGGGCCGAGGUUGAAGCCGGGGAUGCCGCGGAGCGCCGGGCUCCCGAAGAAGAGUUGCCGCAGCUAGAUCCAGAAGAGAUCCUGAAACGCCUGGAACAUACCGAGCGCCAGUUCCGUAACCGUCGCAAAAUACUGAUCCGGGGCCUCCCGGGGGACGUUACCAACCAGGAAGUGCAUGACCUGCUCAGCGACUAUGAACUCAAGUACUGUUUUGUGGACAAAUACAAAGGGACAGCCUUCGUGACCCUUCUGAACGGGGAGCAGGCUGAGGCAGCCAUCAGCACCUUCCACCAGAGCCGCCUGCGGGAGCGGGAGCUGUCGGUGCAGCUGCAGCCCACGGAUGCCCUGCUGUGCGUGGCCAACCUGCCCCCUAGCCUCACUCAGCAGCAGUUCGAGGAGCUGGUGCGGCCCUUCGGGAGCCUGGAGCGCUGCUUCCUGGUCUACAGUGAGCACACCGGCCACUCCAAGGGCUACGGCUUUGCCGAGUACAUGAAGAAGGACUCGGCUGCCCGCGCCAAGUCAGAUCUGCUGGGCAAGCCGCUGGGCCCACGCACUCUUUACGUGCACUGGAUGGAUGCUGGGCAGCUGACGCCCGCCCUGCUGCACUCCCGCUGCCUCUGUGUCGACCACUUGCCUCCUGGCUUCAGCGAUGUAGACGCCCUACGCCGGGCGCUGUCGGCCGUCCACACUCCCACCUUCUGCCAGCUGGCGUGCGGCCAGGACGGGCAGCUGAAGGGCUUCGCUGUGCUGGAGUAUGAGACAGCCGAGAUGGCAGAGGAGGCGCAGCAGCGGGCGGACGGCCUGGCCCUGGGGGGCAGCCACCUGCGCGUCUCCUUCUGCGCCCCUGGGCCCCCUGGCCGCAGCAUGCUGGCCGCGCUCAUCGCUGCCCAGGCAACUGCCCUCAAUCGAGGCAAGGGGCUCCUGCCUGAGCCCAACAUCCUACAGCUGCUCAACCACCUGGGGCCAUCUGCCCCCCUGCACCUGCUCCUCAACCCCCUGCUGCAUGGCAACGCAGGGGGCAAGCAGGGCCUGCUGGGCGCCCCCCCGGCCGUGCCACUGCUCAAUGGGCCCGCCCUGUCCACAGCACUGCUGCAGCUUGCCCUGCAGACCCAGAGCCAGAAGAAGCCUGGGAUCCUGGGAGACUCACCCCUGGGCGCCCUGCAGCCUGGGGCCCAGCCGGCUAACCCCCUUCUCGGGGAGCUGUCCGCAGGGGGGGGCCUGCCCCCGGAGCUGCCGCACCGGCGAGGGAAGCCACCGCCCCUGCUGCCACCUCUGCUUGGCCCCUCUGGGGGUGACCGGGAGGCCAUGGGACUGGGUCCCCCAGCAGCCCAGCUCACUCCACCCCCUGCCCCCAUGGGGCUCCGAGGCAGUGGCCUCAGAGGCCUCCAGAAAGACAGCGGGCCUCUGCCCAUGCCCCCUGGAGUGUCGCUGCUGGGGGAGCCCCCCAAGGACUACCGGAUCCCUCUGAACCCCUACCUGAACCUACACAGCCUGCUCCCAGCCAGCAACCUGGUGGGUAAGGAGGCCAGGGGCUGGGGAGGCACCGGGAGAAGCCGCCACCCAGCUGACGGCCCCCUGCCUAACCCCCCGGCCCCCGGUGGUGGUGGUGGAGGUGGCAGUGGCAGCAGCAAAGCCUUCCAGCUCAAGUCCCACCUGCUCAGCCCCCUCACCAGUGCCCGCCUGCCCCCUGAACCAGGGCUGCCCGACAGCUACAGCUUCGACUACCCCUCGGAAAUGGGACCUCGGCAGCUCUUCUCCCACCCACGGGAGCCAGCCCUCGGGCCUCACGGAGCCAACCGCCACAAGAUGUCCCCCCCACCCAGUGGCUUCAGCGAGCGGAGUGGUGGGGGCAGUGGGGGGCCCAUGUCUCACUUCUAUUCGGGCUCCCCCACUUCCUACUUCACCAGCGGCCUGCAGGCUGGCCUCAAGCAGAGCCACCUCAACAAGGCAGUCGGCUCCUCCCCACUGGGCUCUGGUGAAGGGCUCCUGGGCCUCGGCCCUGGGCCCAAUGGUCACAGCCACCUACUGAAGACCCCACUGGGCGGCCAGAAACGCAGCUUCGCCCACCUGCUGCCCUCACCUGAGCCCAGCCCGGAAGGCAGCUACGUGGGCCAGCACUCCCAGGGCCUCGGCGGCCACUACGCAGACUCCUACCUGAAGCGGAAGAGGAUUUUCUAGGCGCCAGCGCCAGAGAUGCUCAAGGGCCCACACCAACCAAAUCUCUUCUGGGUUUUCUGCUGUUUUGUGUUUUUGUUUUUUUUCCUUUCUUUCGGUGAUAGAAAAAUCUCUGAAAGACUUUGCUGACCAACCAGCCAGAGCCCGAGGAGUGUGGGGGAGUCUGGGGGCCUCACUGCACCUCUGGCCUGCUCCCGGCACUGGCCCUGCAGCCUUAAGAGAGAGGGGCCCCGGCCUGCUCCCUCUCCCGCCCCGUCUCCUAUCCUCCGCCUGUGCCCAUCUUUUCUGGGAGUCCCCUCCUGCCUCAUCACUCCUGUAUUUUGGCCUUUCGAGUGCCUUGGAGGUUUCCCUGACCUCCUGUGAGGAUCAGAGACUGUGCCCUUUUUUUAACUUUGACAAUUGACUUUUAUUUCCUUUUCUAAUUUUUAUUACUUUUUAAACUGUCCAGGGCGACCCCAGCUCUGAUUCCGUCAAGGUCUGGUCUGUCUGGGCCUGCAUUCCACAUUUUUGUUUUGAAACAGCUCAGCCCUUUUCUAUUUCCCAUGUCUGCUGUAGGCGUGGCUGUCUCCUGCCCCUGCCUGCCCACUCUGGCCUGAACCCCAGCCUUGGGUCCCCGGCUCCCUGCCACAGUCCCCUCACUUUCUGAUGCCUUAAAGCUGGGCCCCAGGCCCGGCUGGCCAGAGCCUUUCAAACACCAAGCUCUGGAAGCUUGACUAAGGACCAAACAGCUCUGGCCUAGGGAUUGGGCCCCUCUACCCAGAAUCUUCACCCUGGGGACAGUAGAAGGCCAAAGUCUUGGCCUUGGCAAACCAAUCCCACCAUCCUUUCUGCCCAAGCCUAGGUGCGGAGACGGGCCUUCUCUGCCAGCUUAAACCAGUUCCCUUGCUGUCUGUGGGAGCCAGGCAUGGUGCCCAUCUCAAUGAGCCUCUGCCGUGCCCACCUUGUUGAAGAUGAGCUCCACCUCUCCAUCCCCAGGCCAGAUCACUGGGAGCGGGCCUCCUUUUGGCCCAGUGCUAGGAAUGACAACUCCAUGCAGAUAAGCUCUGCACUUGCCCACCAGCAGGACCUGUCGACCUGAGGUGCGCCUAGGCCUUGCCCCGGGCCAACUGGGCCACCAGCUUCCCUCUCCUGACUCGCCCGCAUUCACUCCAGAGGGUAUCCUAUCCCUGAUCUUCCCACACAGACCUUUGCUGAAUUAAAGUUUGUAAGUAAAUGGUUUUAAAGAAA